UGCGGUUUCGAGAGGACGCCCGGCACCUCCCGCUAGCUCUCGCGGCUGCAAAUUUCCGUCUUUGCACUUGACAGCGAUCGCACUUAACGCUCCCCGAGCCGAGCGCGCUUUAGCUUGGAAAGGCACAGGUAGGAGGCGCGGGCUGCCCGGUGCACGCUCGCUGCUCGGGGAGGAGUCUUCCUCCUUGGCUCUCCUUUCUGGGAGCUGCCGCCAGUCCCGGGGCGUUGUGGGUUCCGGCGUGCGGGCUGCGCGGAGACCGUGCCUGCGGCCGGGGAGCCGAGCGAGCUCCUUCCCAGAGAGCGCGGCGAGUGCUGCCCGGCGCCAUGCUGCUGCUGGGCAUCCUGACCCUGGCUCUGGCGGGGCGAGCCGCUGGCGGCUCCCAGCCAGAGCGGGAGGUGGUCGUCCCCAUCCGACUGGACCCGGACAUCAACGGCCGCCACUACUACCGUCGGGGGCCCGAGGACCCCGGGGACCGGGGACUUAUUUUUCAGAUCACCGCGUUUCAGGAGGACUUUUACCUACACCUGACGCCGGAUGCUCAGUUCCUGGCACCCACCUUCACCACCGAGCACCUGGGCGCCCCGCUCCGGGAGCUCACCGCGAACUCUGCGGACUUGCGGCGCUGUUUGUACUCCGGGGACGUGAACGCCGAGCCAGACUCGUUCGCCGCCGUGAGCCUGUGCGGGGGGCUUCGCGGAGCCUUCGGCUACCGAGGCGCCGAGUAUGUCAUCAGCCCGCUGCCCAACGCCAGCGCGCCCGCCGCGCAGCGCAACAGCCAGGGCGCACACCUCCUCCAGCGCCGGGGCGCCCCGGGCGGGCCUCCCGGGGACCGCACCUCGCGCUGUGGGGUGGGCUCCGGCUGGAAUCCCGCCAUCCUGCGGGCCCUGGACCCGUACAAGCCGCGGAGGACGGGCUCGGGGGGCAGUCGCAGCGGGCGCAGGUCCGGGCGCGCCAAGCGCUUCGUGUCCAUCCCACGGUACGUGGAGACGCUGGUGGUGGCGGACGAGUCCAUGGUCAAGUUCCACGGCGCGGACUUGGAGCACUAUCUGCUGACGCUGCUGGCCACGGCGGCGCGACUCUACCGUCACCCCAGCAUCCUCAACCCCAUCAACAUCGUUGUGGUCAAGGUGCUGCUCCUCGGGGACCGGGACAGCGGGCCCAAGGUCACGGGCAACGCCGCCCUGACGCUGCGCAACUUCUGCGCCUGGCAGAAGAAGCUGAACAAAGUGAGUGACAAGCACCCCGAGUACUGGGACACCGCCAUCCUCUUCACCAGGCAGGACCUGUGUGGCGCCACCACCUGUGACACACUGGGCAUGGCCGACGUGGGCACCAUGUGUGAUCCCAAGAGAAGCUGCUCUGUCAUUGAGGAUGAUGGGCUGCCGUCAGCCUUCACCACGGCCCACGAGCUGGGCCACGUGUUCAACAUGCCCCAUGACAAUGUGAAAGUGUGCGAGGAGGUGUUUGGGAAGCUCCGAGCCAACCACAUGAUGUCCCCGACCCUCAUCCAGAUCGACCGUGCCAACCCGUGGUCAGCCUGCAGCGCGGCCAUCAUCACUGACUUCUUGGACAGUGGGCACGGCGACUGCCUCCUGGACCAGCCCAGCAACCCCAUCUCCCUGCCCGAGGACCUGCCGGGUACCAGCUACACCCUGAGCCAGCAGUGCGAGCUGGCCUUUGGUGUGGGCUCUAAGCCCUGUCCUUACAUGCAAUACUGCACCAAGCUAUGGUGCACCGGCAAAGCCAAGGGCCAGAUGGUGUGCCAGACCCGCCACUUCCCCUGGGCCGAUGGCACCAGCUGUGGCGAGGGCAAGUUCUGCCUCAAGGGUGCUUGCGUGGAGAGACACAACCUCAACAAGUACAGGGUGGACGGCUCCUGGGCCAAAUGGGAGCCCUAUGGGCCCUGCUCGCGCACCUGCGGCGGGGGUGUACAGCUGGCCCGCAGACAGUGCAGCAACCCUGCCCCUGCCAAUGGGGGCAAAUACUGCGAGGGAGUGAGGGUGAAAUACCGAUCUUGCAACCUGGAGCCCUGCCCCAGCUCAGCCUCAGGCAAGAGCUUCCGGGAGGAGCAGUGCGAGGCUUUCAAUGGCUACAACCACAGUACCAACCGGGUCACCCUGGCGGUGGCCUGGGUGCCCAAGUACUCAGGCGUGUCUCCCCGGGACAAGUGCAAACUCAUCUGCCGAGCUAACGGCACCGGCUACUUCUACGUGCUGGCCCCCAAGGUGGUGGACGGGACGCUGUGCACUCCUGACUCCACGUCGGUCUGCGUCCAAGGCAAAUGCAUCAAGGCUGGCUGCGACGGGAAGCUGGGCUCCAAGAAGAAGUUUGACAAGUGUGGGGUGUGUGGGGGCGACAAUAAGAGCUGCAAGAGGGUGACAGGACUCUUCACCAAGCCCAUGCACGGCUACAAUUUCGUGGUGGCCAUCCCCGCAGGCGCCUCGAACAUCGACAUCCGGCAGCGUGGCUACAAGGGGCUGAUUGGGGACGACAACUACCUGGCCCUGAAGAACAGCCAAGGCAAGUACCUGCUCAAUGGUCACUUUGUGGUGUCGGCCGUGGAGCGGGACCUGGUGGUGAAGGGCAGCCUGCUGCGGUACAGCGGCACGGGCACAGCGGUGGAGAGCCUGCAGGCUUCCCGGCCCAUCCUGGAGCCCCUGACCUUGGAGGUCCUCUCUGUGGGGAAGAUGACGCCGCCCCGGGUCCGCUACUCCUUCUAUCUGCCCAAAGAGCCGCGAGAGGACAAGUCCCCCCACCCCAAGGACCCCCGGGGUCCCUCCGUGCUGCACAACAGUGUCCUCAGCCUCUCCAACCAGGUGGAGCACCCGGACAACAGGCCCCCAGCACGCUGGGUGGCGGGCAGCUGGGGGCCGUGCUCCGUGAGCUGUGGCAGUGGCCUGCAGAAGCGGGCGGUGGACUGCCGGGGUCCCCCGGGGCUGCGCGGAGCCUCCGCCUGCGAUGCCACCCAUCGGCCAGCGGAGACGCGAGCCUGCGGAGAGCCCUGCCCGACCUGGGAGCUGGGUGCCUGGUCGCCCUGCUCCAAGAGCUGUGGCCGCGGCUUUAAGAGGCGUCCGCUCAAGUGUUUGAGCCACGGAGGUCGGCUGCUGGCCCGGGACCAGUGCAACCUGCGUCGCAAGCCCCAGGAACUGGACUUUUGCAUCUUGAGGCCGUGCUGAGCGGGGGUUGCUCCUGUGUCCCCCUCACUCUCCACCCCGCUGGUGUGCUGGGGUCAGGCCACUUGGAGCAGUGGGCAGAGGGCAGUGCGCCACAAUGUCACCCGCAUCCAGGAACAAGGACCAGGGGCUGGGGUGAGAGGUCCCUUCCUCCUCCCUGCACCGGGCAGGGGGAUGCUAACUUACGCAAGUCUACCUCACACCCCGCUGUUCUGGGGCCCAGGUGCGGGCAGAGGCUGCGAGGUGCAGGGGCUGGGCAGAGGUGCCCAGGCCGUUUCUGGAUGGGCACCUCCCAGGCAGAACUUCGGGGACUUGGGUCCCCCUUCAGGGAGGCCCCAGGCUGCUGGCAGAGCCGUGGCCCGGCAGCCUGGCCCCCUCAGAUGACCCCAGGGGCUCUGAGCCGUCUCUGAACAAGGCAGGGUUUCCAUGGUGCUCUCAGCUCAUGCUCCUUUCCUGAUCGACAGAGGACUGAGCAGCCAGGUGGGCAGAGACUGGGGGCACAGUGGAGUGAGGUGGAGUUGGGAACCAGGCCACUCCAUCUGGGAAGAGGUGAGUGCGUGCCAAUGGUCCCGGCUGUCUCAGCUUCUGCUCUUGUCCCUUGUUGCGGAACCAGCCUCGCCUCCCUGGGCCUCCCAGGGUGGGAGACUAGCAAGAGGGCUUCUUCUUAGGGGCCCCCGAGGCAUGGCAAGAAGAGGGAGAAAGGCCACAGGGAGUCGGACACUCCAGAAAGAUGCCAAUGCAUCUGAGGGGCGAUGGCUUCUGUGGUGGAGACAGGGACUUGGAGGAGAGCUCUAUCUAGAGGACUCUGUUGCCUUUAGGGCUGGGUGGGUGUCUGCUGAGCUCUGAGCUCCGAGCUCCAGCAGGUGUUGCCCUGGAAGGGAGGAGGAGGAGGAGGAGGCGGCGGCCCUGGUGCCAGUGGCUUCUUCCUCCCGAGAGGCAGCUGUCAAUAUGCUGCAGGCUCUACAUCUUCUCCAAGGACCUCACGCAUGGCCACAUCCUGUGUCCACGGAGAGGCGGGUAGGACGUGCCCAGGAGGGCGGGUGCCUGCCUAUUACUCUUCAUCCCGGCGGUAGCUGCGGUCUGAGAUGGACAGGUUAUCCUGCACCCCCCGGCCUUUGCUUCUCCAGCUGGGAAAUGGGGUUCACUGUUUGCUACCUCAGAUUGUGCUCUCUGGGAACCCACCCCUUCCCUUCCCCGGGAUGGUGGUCACCUGGUGCUCCCACUCACCCCACUGUCGCCUCCCUAGCCUGAGCUGCUCAGCUGCGGAGAGGAGCGUGAUAUGUAGCUUCCUGUCCCCCACAGCCCGGCCAGCUGUUGGGGCUCCAAAUAUGAAGAUGGGGGUCUCUUUGUGCAGGUUCCUUGGGCGCAGGGUUCAAGAGUCACCAAGCAUCCAUGACCCAGGAGCCCUUGGCAACCACCAGGAGGACGGCUAAAGACCUGUCCAUCUUAUACACACUUAUCAGGGGAGUAGAUGCCCAGGAGAUUCCUACAGCCCCAAGUGGGAAGAUAUUUUGGGGUUGGAGAUUCUUUGGCCAAGCAGGGUAUUUGUUGAAAGUGCAGCCUCCCCAGUGUGUACAUGGGCUGUUCUACUUCUGCAUCCAGGACCUCGGCCGAGAGCUUCCUUGAGAUAGAAUCAAAGCACAUGAAUUUCCUGGGGAGAGGGGUUCAGUUCUUUUACAUCCUAUUAGGUUUCCCCUAAUAGUCAAAAUCCACAAAACAGCCAGGCAGCCAGUGAAGCAUCUGGCCUGAUGUUCCAGCUUCGGCAUGGUCCUGGGCUGGAGCCAUUGGACAGGGCACCCUCAGCAGGUGUAGAAGGUGUUCAGCUCUCUGGAAUAGAACUGCAGUCACCCAGGAUGGGGGGGGGGGA